AUGGAAACUCAGAAGAGAACCCAAAGACAUGAAGCUUGGACUAGCACAAACAAGAACAGAUACCAUGAUGCUCAAAUUAAUUCAGGCAAGAACAAACAACAUGAAGCUAAGGAUUAUUUACAGGACAAGGAGAAGCAGUUACCAAACAGGAAAUAUAUUGACAAACGAAGGGAAAAAAGGCAGAGGAAGAAGGCUAUCCAAAUGGAACAAGACACUUUGAAUAAAAACAAGAAGAUGGAACAGGAGGAAUCACAACAGAUAGUGCCAACUCAGGAAAAAUUUGAGGAAGGAAAAGUCCUUAUUGAUCAGAUACUUCAGGAUGAACACAAAGUGCCAAACCAUACACCUAUAGAAUGUGCAAAAGAUACAAACACAAGUCAACAACUCAAAGGCAGUGAAACACAACAGGUUCAAAACACUCAGGAUGAACAAAAUAUUCAUAAAGAACCAAACAUUAUUAAUGCUACUAACAACAUUCCUGAAGCUAGCUCAUCUGAUGGUGAAGAUGGGGUUCCUGACAGUGAUUAUGAAAUAGGGGAUGACUUAGACGAAGAAGAGGAAUCAGAGGAUGCUUCAGAUACACUGGAUGAGGACUAUGAAAGCCUGGAAGAGGGCCCUUUUGAUGGUGAUGAAGUUGCAAAAAGGAUUGUUGAAACUUUUAAUGGACAACAUAGCAAUGACCCUACCAUUUUCCAAGCUUUUGCGGAUAUCUCUGAUAGGGAAAACCUAUCACCAAGAGGGUCUAAUGUGCCAAGAAGGGGAAUAGGCAACUACAGAGGUAGGGGUGGCAGAAAUGCUCCCUCAUCAUCAAUACAACACAACACAAAAACCAAAUACAGAAGACGAUUGGGUUAUAAUUUUGCUUAUGCUAACUGCAACAACAUGAUAUGGAUAUUUACUGAUGAAGAUGUUGAAUGCCAAGUCUAUUCUGACACUGAACAACAACUUUCUUGCUUUAUCAAGAUUGGAGAUGACACUAUUUCCAUCACUACUAUUUAUGCCAAGUGUAAAGCUUCUCUCAGGGAAUCUCUAUGGGAAGAUCUCAGCCUUAUUGCUUCCAGUCAGAAUCUUGAAUGGAUGGUUUUAGGAGAUUUCAACUGUAUUACUGAUCAAACUGAGAAGAUAGGAGGAAAUCCACAUAAAAUGGAGAAGAGUUUACCUCUUCUUGAAUGUAUUGGAGACUGUGAUCUUUAUGACUUGGGCUUCAUUGGUUCUGCCUUUACUUGGUGUAACUACAGAGUUCCAGAGAAUAGAAUAUGGAAGAGAUUAGACAGAGCCAUGUCUAAUCAGAAAUGGUUAACUACUUUUCCUGAGACUAGUGUCACUCAUUUGGUUAGAUCUGGGUCUGAUCAUGCCCCUCUGCUUAUACAUGCUAAAGCCUGUAACAUUAGUCAUAUUAAAUACUUCAAAUUCUUGAACUUUUGGGUGGAUAAACCUCAUUUUCAGGAUAUUGUGAAGCAAGUUUGGCAGAUAGUUGUACAGGGUUCUCAGGUCUGGAGGUUUCAUAUGAAACUGAAAAAUACAAGUAAGAAACUAUCUUGGUGGUCUAGGAACAUCAUUGGAGACAUUUUCGAGCUUACAAAAACAAUGGAAAAAAGAGUGGCUGAUCUUGAGGAUGUUUGCCUUCAAGACAACUCUACUACUAAUAUGGUUAACCUUAAUGAGGCCAAUGCUUUACUAAUCAGGCAUUACAAGACUGAGGAAGCCUUCUGGAGGCAAAAGGCUGGUAUUAAGUGGCAUGCUGAAGGGGAUCUAAAUACAAAAUUUUUCCACUUUGUUAUUACUUCCAGGAGGCAAAGAUUGUCUCUCAAGAAGAUAAAAAAUGGGGAAGGUAACUGGAUUGAGGGGGACAGAAUUGCUCAAGAAGCUAUUUCAUACUUUGAGAACAUUUUCACAGAAGACAACAACAACAAUGAUUUUUCUAAACUCUCAUGUCUUCCUAAGAUUGUCUCAAUGGAGGAUAAUGAGAUGCUAUGCUCUAUUCCCACCAUGCAAGAACUCAAAGACACUGUUUUCUCAAUGGAUCCUGGAAGUGCACCAGGACCUGAUGGCAUGACGGUCAAAUCUCCUCAAGCUUUUUCUGAUCUUAGACCAAUUAGUUUAAGUAAUUUUUCUUGCAAAAUUCUCUCUAAAUUGAUUAAUGGUAGACUUACCAGUAUUAUGGAUAAGAUUAUCUCCCAAAAUCAAUCUGGCUUUAUGAAAGGUAGGUCUAUUAGUGAGAAUAUUACUCUUACUCAAGAGAUGGUGCACAAUAUGAACAAAGCUGAGCCCAAUGACAAUGUUGUUAUGAAAUUAGAUAUGGCUAAGGCAUAUGAUAGGGUCUCUUGGACCUAUAUGUGCCAUGUGCUUAAACAGUUGGGUUUCUCUGACUCUUGGGUUGGUCUGAUUCAUCGUAUUAUCUCUAAUAACUGGUAUUCCAUUAAUAUAAAUGGUACCAGGCAUGGUUUUUUCAAAUCCACUAGAGGUCUCAAGCAUUUGAGCAAUGACAGUUUUGUUCCUUUUACUUGCAAAAGUAAUGGACCUUCUAUUACCCAUUUGUGCUAUGCUGAUGACACUAUCCUUUUCAGUUCUGGGGAUUGCAAUUCCAUCACUAUGAUGAUGGAUAAACUCAGUGAAUAUGAGAAAAUCUCUGGUCAACUUGUUAACAAGAGAAUCUGGAAAAAAAUUACCUACUUCAAUGAUUUGGUGGCUAAGGUGUCCAAUAGAAUUACUCGUUGUCAUAACAGGACUCUUUCUGCUGGAGGCAAGGCAGUACUUAUCAAAUCAGUUCUUGCUUCUAUUCCUCUUCACACUCUUUCUGUCAUUCAACCCCCUAAAACCUGUAUUAAACAGAUCGAAAUGUGCGUUGCUAACUUCUUCUGGGGGGAUAGUGAUGGCAAGAAAAAAUACCAUUGGAUGGCCUGGAAAAAGCUGUGUUAUCCUACUUGUGAAGGAGGAGAUGGCUUUAGAGGCAUCCAAUCCUUUUGUGAUGCUUUUGCAGCCAAGAAUUGGUGGAGUAUUAGAACUAAAUCUUCUUUGCUCAACCAAUUCAUGGAAGCAAAAUAUUGCAUAAGAUCUCAUCCAGUUGACAAAAAAUUUGCGAGUGGGGAUUCCCAUGUUUGGAAAAGGCUCACUGACAUCAGGGCCAGAUGUGAACAACAUAUAUUAUGGAAAGUUGGCCAAGGAAACCUAUCCUUUUGGUGGGACAAUUGGACAAGACUUGGACCCAUUGCUUACCUUUUACCUACUGAAUACAGAGCAAAGAGAGUGAGGGUCUCUGAAUUUAUAUAUGAUGGCAAAUGGAACACUCUUACUCUUUCCAGUCUAUUGUCUGAUCAUAUUUGGCAACAUAUUGCCAAGAUUAGCAUUGAACCAGACAAGGAUGAUUAUCCAGUUUGGCUACCUGAUCCCAGUGGUAGAUUUACUUAUAAAUCUGCUUGGGAUCUACUUAGACCAAGCAGAAACCACACACUUUCAGCAGCGAAAACAUGGCACUGUAAGCUUCCAUUUAAAGUUUCCUUCUUCAUGCUCAGAUUGUUACAUUCCAGGCUACCUACAGAUGAGAAAAUUGUGAAAUUUGGUGUCAAUGGACCUUCUAGAUGUUGUUGUUGCAAAACUUUCAAACUGGAAACUAUUGAACACCUUUUUUUUGUCAUAGUGAGACUGCCAAGGAUCAUUAAUCAAGUUACUUGGCUUGCUUAUCUCAUUAUUAACAGCCAGAUACCAUCUUUGAAUCUCAAGCCAAUUUGGCUAGAGUUAUGGGAUCAGGUUGAAACUAUUAAACAAGCUAUUGAUAUCAAGGUUGUUAGAUGGGCCAAGCCUAAUCACCUCACUAUGAAACUAAACACUGAUGGUUGUUGUAAAGGCAACCCGGGAGAGGCAGCAGGUGGUGGCAUCUUCAGAGACUCCAAUGGACAGCUGGUGAUGGCCUUUCAUUCUUACUUUGGCACUAUUAGUAACAAUGUUGUUGAAUGUUUGGCUAUCUUGAAAGGACUGCAAUGGUGUAAUGAUCAUGGCUUUCACGACUUUGUGAUUGAAUCAGAUUCUCAAAUGGUCAUUCACAUGAUCAAUGGGAAAUAUAUUACUCCAAUUGUGUUGAGAGAUCAAAUCCGGAAGAUCGGGCAGACUAUGUCACAAGGAAGGAUUAUUGCUCAACACUGCUUUAGAGAAGCCAAUUUUGUUGCUGAUCAUCUUGCUAAUAUGGGACUUGCUGACAGAAUGGAUAAAUUCUUCACUCAAGUUAUUUCUUUACCACAUGAGGUUAAAGCUUUAAUGAAGAAUGAUCAAAGGGGCUUUGCUCAUUUCAGAAUUAGGACCAAAAAAGGGCACUACACUUUUGACAAUGACUAA